UUUAUCUUGAAUGUAACGGAGGACGGAAGUAAAUCCGAUGAAUAUAGAAAGUUGGCUGAGAAGAUGAAGUUUUAAACUCUACUUUUAAGAUUCUUAACACAAAUCUUUGCGCUCACUUUAAGUUGCCAGAAUACUUUUAUUCUUGUAGGGACCCUAACGUCAGUCUCAAACAUGACCUCAGAUGUCAGAGGAGAGUUUCUUUAUAACCUUCCAGCGCCGGUUCUCUUCGAUUUUUGUCGGAUUAUGGACUCACUGUCCGCUUCAGACUGGGUCCGUUUCGCGUCAGAGGUCCUGAAAGAUUCCACGGACGUCCGAUUGGCUGAAAAAAAGGAGAGGCGGACUGACUUGGUGAUGACCCAAUGGGAGAACAGGAACGGCCGUGUGGGAGACCUGCUCGAUGUCCUGGACCGGCUCCAGCUGCUGCGUCCGCGAGACAUCAUCCUGAACUGGGCCUCCAGUCCGAGGACUUGCUCUUCAUCUUCUCACCAGCCUCCCAUUUCCUCAUCACCACAGCAGAGCACGUUCAAGUUUACAACUCCCUCCUCCUCUUCGGAAACAUGCGCCUGGGUCGGGGGCAGCAGCCACGCGGGUGAUGAGGGUGGGGGGAGACCUCUCCCGAAACCUGCUCCGCCCCCCUCCAGUCUGCUGUCUCGUCCCAAGGCCAAGAGCUGCCCCCCCGAUACCUGUGACGAGCGCAACGGCGGCGUCAUGCGCUGGUCGUACGAAGAGGUGCACGCUGGUACUGAAGGCUUCUCGCCCGCUCAGCAGAUAGGAGAGGGGGGCUUUGGUGUGGUGUACAGAGCCUGGCUGGGCAGCACCGACUGCGCCGUGAAGAAGCUCAAGCAGGACCAACUUCUGGACUUCGACGUGUUGAGGCAGAGUUUUCAGACGGAGGUGGACCAGCUGUCUAAGUUCAGACACCCCAACAUCAUCGCCCUGCUCGGAUUCUGUGAAGGUCCCGGAAUCUUCUGUCUGAUCUACAGCUUCAUGGAGAACUUGUCUCUGAAGGAUCACCUGCAUUGUGUAAUUCCACUGAGACACACACACGGUUGUGGAAUAAUCUCGUGCUCUAAUUGUCCGGCGAACGCGUGUGUCAUGCAGGUCAGUGGCGCCCUCUCCUGGUCUCAGAGAGUCAGUAUUGUGAAGGACACAUCAGCGGCUCUUCACUUCCUCCACUCUCCCCCAAACAAAGCUGCGUCGCUCAUCCAUGGUGACAUCAAGAGCUCAAAUAUCCUGCUGGACCGCCACCUAGUGGCCAAACUGGGAGACUUUGGUCUGGCCCGUUUUGCCAAGUCCACCUCCGAGCGCUCCGCUUCGAAGACGACAUCUGUCGGGAGGACGACGACUGUCCGGGGAACACUAGCGUACCUGCCCGACGAGUACGUGAGGAACCAGGAACUGAGCACGGCUGUGGACGUCUUCAGCUUCGGCGUGGUGCUUUUGGAGAUCCUGACCGGACGACUGGCUGUGGAGGAGAAGCAAACGUCCAACCUUUAUUUGAAAGAUCUGGUUGAUGAAGAAGAAUCGACGGACUCUUCGUUCUGGAAGCAGCAGCUGGAUCACAGGUUGAUGGCAGGUGGCGCUGCGGAGCCCGCAGGCUCCUUGGAAACGGCAGCUCUGGCCUGCAGGUGUCUGGACAGAAAGAGGAAGAAGAGGCCACAGAUGUCAGAGGUCUUCAGCAGGCUUCAGGACGUUUACCAGCUGCUGCCUGUCAGAGACUCCACUGUGGACUGCUUGUCUGCUCAGCUGUCCCAUGUAUCGACCCACUCUGUGACCGCCUCCCACACGCCUCCAAAAACCCUUCAGUCCUGCGCUCCAUCCUCACUCUCUCAGCCCACCUCCCUCCCUCCGUCCUCCUCCUCCUCGCUCCUGGGUCCGUGUGAGACAGACGAGAGCAGGGGCUUCUCUCAGUACCACCGGAGCUUCCCCUGCUCCAGGUCUCUGCCCACUUCCACUACAACCCUCAGUCUGCCUGGGCCCAGGAGCGAUCCAUAUGUCCGCACUGGACCCGGUCCUCGGGAAGAGACGUUCAGUUCAUCCAGUCCAGGAGCGAUGCUGCCAGAUGCCUCCGGGCUGCGCAGAGAAGCAGAGUCCUGGAGGUCGGCGGCGGUGAGUGGACCAGAGGAGUCCAGAGGCCCGGAGGAGUCUUUAGAACCACAGGAGUCGCUAGAGAUCAGAAAUCCUGAGCAGCACAGAGGACCAGAGGAAAGCGAUGAGUUGGAUUAUCUUCAUCAGUCCGAACACUAACAACUGUAACAACAAGCUGUGACAAUGAAGCGCAGCGUUUGUUUGGACCAAACCCAGUUGCCUCAGUUACUGCCAAAGCUCCCAGGUUCAAGUGUCCGAAUCAUUUACUUCAGGGACUGAAUUCCCUUUUAUUUAGGAAGCGGGAGUACGAUUCACUAGGACGUGAUGCUGCGUUCAGUGGCGCCAACGUGGAAGUGAAACUGGUAAAAUGUGAUCUGAAUGUAUCGAGCAAGUUGCGCACAGAGUCUAUGUUUCUGAUGUGAGUCUGUUCUAGACUAGGCUCUUAGCUGUUUUACUUUACCUGUCUGUCUUGCAUCUAGUCAUUGUCGUGAAUAUAUAUAAUAUAACGAGCAGUUUGUGUGAUGUGGUGAGGGAAUGAUGAAUUGAGUUUAAAAAAGUGGACUUGUACAUUUCAUUGUAUUAAACUGGAAGGGAUGAGAACCGGUGGUGCGCUUUUGGCGCCCUCUAGCGGACACUGUAUGAGUUGAGGGGGGAAAAAUUGCACCUUGUCGAAACAAA